CUCAGUAACAGUCUGGCAACAGCAGACUGAGCUUCGAUAAAAAAGUUUAAAGAAUUUUUCUUGUUGGCCUGAAAAAGUAGGAUUAAUGGAGGAAAAACAAGCUAAGGACGAGUCCUUUAGCCCCGUUUGCAACGUAGAGGAUUGUUCAAGUCGAAAUUCAAUUGAAAACUCUCCGCCUACGGAGGACUCUAAUGAAAUUUUUAAACAAUCAGUUUUUGCAUUCAAACCAUUUGAACAUUCUUUACAUGGCUUAACGGAUUUCAGUUCCUUGGAAGCUUCCUCCCUAGAUGAUCAAAAAGAUGUGCCUUCAAUUCCGCUUCCCGUGGACGAAACCGCCAAAAGUUUAGUUAUCGGAAUAGUCGAAGAGGUGAUCUGCCUAACUACUACAACUAUGAAAGGAAACGAAGCUGACAAUGCAGACAUCCCAGAACCAAAGCUUUCACCUGAUAACCCCGAUCUUCAGCCGGAAGAAAACAGCAACGGGAAGAAAGCAGUCGUUGGAGAAAUAGAGGAACUAAACCGCUCUUUUUCAGAGAAAGUUGAUUCUCAGCCAAAAGAAAGCAACAUUGCAGAACUCCUGGAACCAAAGCUUUCUUUUAAUGAAAACCCUGAAGCUCCGCCUGAAGAAGAGAAUGAAAAGAAAGCUGACAUUUCAAACCCUGAAUGUUCGCCUACUAAAACAGACAACUUGGGAAAUGAAUCUCUUGAUGAAACUGCCUUUUCUAAGGACCUUCUUAGUUCUACGAUUUUGAAAGAGAAGGAAAAUGACAUGUCAGACACUACUUUAACUCCAGAAAAAACUGCGAAUAAGCCUGAAGAAAGCUUCGAAAAAGCCGAACAGAAUGAACUCCUCGAAUCUGGUGAACUGCAAGAUUCCACCUUGGAACCUGGACAACUGUCUGAUAAAACAAUUAUAGCUUCAAAGGGGUCUGACCUAGAGGACGGCGAAGUGUCCGGGGGAGAUGAUGAUGUUAAAUCCAAUCCCACUGAUGUAUUUCAAGCCGAUGUGCCGAUUUGUCGCUUCUAUGUGCGCAGUGCCUGUACUUGGGGCAGAAAUUGUCGUUUUCGGCAUCCGGAACCCACUCCUAAGGGCAAAUAUCAGAUGUUUGAAAAUAAGGUGCUGCCUGUCGCUACCUCCGCUCCUCUGCCACCAACGUGGUCUGGUUUUAUACCGCCAAGUGUGGAUCCUUACCAGCCGGAGAGAUUAGCUAGGCCACGACAAACAACUCCAUCUCCGUACUGUCUCAAUGAUAUGGAUACGGAUCCCUAUUACUCACAUAAUCAAAUAGAAGUCCACGAACGAGCUCCUCUUCUGCCAACACCCACCUUUACUUAUGUCGCUCCACCGCAAAAGAUUCUUCAUUAUCCUGUUGAAAUGGAGCGGUCUAUUCGAAGAGAGCCAGCACCGCCACCACCGCCUCCACCGCCACCGCCCAAACAGAGGCCGGUGGUUUGGGAAAGCCGACACAGCAGCAGUUCUCCAUCUUCAACCACUCUGCAGGAGUCGCCCACGAGCAGCAGCUCUCUCCUGAUUUCACCGCCUCGUUGCUUGCAUUCCGCAAGACGGCCCAGUGUUAUUCGAAAACCCUCGCCGUACCGUCGCACCAUUCGCCCAGAGCCGAAAAGACGCCGUCUCAGUUCUAGCUCCUCGAGUUCGAGUACCACAACCGAUUCUGGUAGCUCCAACACUUCAAGGGAGAUAAAGUCGAAAGAAUCGAGAAAGAGACGAUCCAAUAAUUCGACUUCUCGACAUCGUGAAAGGCACAGUUCUCGGACUCCAGUCCACACUUCAUCGAAAAGGGCCACACCCGGUGCUCCAAAGAAAUCGCGUCUGGAGGACGAAAAGUCUGAGAGUGCCAAAAAGAAGCAAAGUCGUCAGGAGUAUCUGCUGAUGAAGCUGCUGAAAGUUGAGAAGCAAAUUGCUAAGAAAAAGGAGCAGAACCGCACAUUGAAAUCGAGCUUAAAUAAGUUCUAAGAACAUUUAUUAUAAGAAUCGUUAAUCUAAUUUUCAUAUCGUUAGAAGAGUUACAAUUUUUUCAUCAUUUCUUCAAAUUAAUUAACUUUCUGUUGAUUUACUUUUAUUAUCACAUUUAAAAUUCACUAAAAUGAUAUUUUUUGACAAAAAAAAACAUAAAUAAACAUCUUACAU